AAACAACUUGCAAGCAAGUGCGUUCGACAUCGGCGAUUUUUUGUAGCUCAACAAUUUCGUGAAAAUGCUGCGAAUUAAGCUUAAAUCUCCGACUUCCCGCGGACCCACGCAUGCAAGGCGGCGUUUGUAUUCAUCGACAACUCUAACUAGGGCAUACAUGGCAGUUAAAGAGGAUAAUAUCCCCGUAUAUAGGGCUUCAAAGAUAUAUGGAGUGCCUCUUACCACGUUGCGCGAUCGCGUAGACAGUAGAGUGUCGGUUGAUAGCGUAAAAAAUGGACCCGCACCGCUGCUUAGCCUCAGUGAGGAACAGCUACUGGUCGAGCAUGUGAAAGGUCUAGCGCGUGUCGGGUACGGGUACACUCGGGCAGAAAUAUGCUACAAGGCGUCCGACUUCGCUGUUUACCUUGGAAAACGGGGAAGGGAAGAGAAACCACUCAGUCUCAAAUGGUUCUAUGGCUUCAUGGGCAGGUGGCCAGAACUCAAAGUUGUUAAGCCAUCCGGACUUCCUGAACAACGAGCAAGGUGUGCUUCUAAGGAAGUGAUCCUGAACUACUUUGAAGAACUGAAAACUAUCUUCGACAAGUACGAGUUGCACAACAAACCUCACCUUGUGUACAACAUCGACGAAAAGGGUAUAAAUACCGAAUAUAGACCACCAAAUAUUGUAGCUGGCUUCGAUGCACGUCCUCAAGUGGUGAUGGCCGAACGAUCGAAAACGGUGACAGUGAUCGGCGGAGGAAAUGCUCUUGGUUCCCAGAUACCGCCAUUCUUUGUAUUUCCCGGUCAACGGAUGCUACCGGAGCUUAUGGUCGGAAAGAGUGAAGGGACUGAAGGCAUGAUGACGCAAUCUGGUUGGUCAAACAGCGAAGUGUUUCUUCGCUAUAUGAAGACACACUUCUUGAAAUAUGCCAUGGGACGCAACCAAGAAGAUACCACAUUGGUGUUGUACGAUGGCCACAAGAGUCACAUCUCCAUUGAACUCAUUGAAUGGGCAAAAGAGAACAGAAUAAUACUAUUCGUUCUACCACCUCACUGUUCCCAUAUUUUAAAGCCCAUGGAUGUCGGUUGUUUCGGCCCAUUCCAAAAGAAAUACAACCAGGAAUGUUUAACGUACUCCAGACUGCACCACCAAUGUGUGACCCGGUACGAUGUUUGCAAAUUGGCGUGCAAAGCAUACACUGUAGCUCUGUCGCAUGUCAACUUGCAAGCAUCGUUCAGGAAGACUGGAAUUUAUCCGUUGCAGAAUGCCAUUGAUGCGGUGACUAGUCUUGGCGAUGCCAUAGCACCUUCAGAGCUGUAUGCAGCCACCUGUGAAAAGCUGGCUUCUGGUGCGGAUAACAUUAUCCAACAUGAGCCUGACAUAAACGACGGUGCAAAGUUCUUCAGUGACUUCCCCACUGAAGUUUCGAAGAAAGUGUCCAAACCCCGCCGAAAUAUCCACAAGCUUGUUGGUGGCAAAGCAAUGACGGAAGACAAAACGUUCAACGAUGUGCGUCAAUACAUUGCCGAGUCCGCCAACCGCCCAUCGACCGCUGGCAAGGCAACAACUACAGGCAGUCCAGUAGCAGGACCAUCACGUGCAAUACAGACCAGUGAUGAUGACUCCAUGUCCUUAGAUGAAGAUGUGACGGACGAUGAGAAAUGUUGCGUGUGCAAGAAGUACAACUGCACUUCAAAAGAUGGACAGUCUCUUGCAAUUUACACAUGGGCGCAAUGUGAUGUAUGCCAACACUGGACACACCUUAAAUACUGCACACCAGUCAGAGUAGUCCGGAGAAACACCUCUUUCAAAUGCCCAUGUUGUUAAAUAAGUUUUUUUGUUGUUUUAAAUUUGCGAUUUCAAUGAAUAUUGUUUCUUAAUUGAAUUUGUUUAUAGUUUUAGUGCAUUUGCACCGCUGUUUCGUAAGUCAGUGCUUGAAAUGACGUCACGAUAUGACUAUUCAUGGAACUAUCGGAAACCGGUGUCGCACUUUCUGUUUUUACAGUUUUUGACGUCCGUUUGUUUUUAUUGUUAACUUCCCUUAUUUUGGCUCGUUUGUUCCCGUUUUUCGUUGUAAAUUACACUUUGAACAUUCAUCUUAACGAUGCAGUGACAGAAAAGACGACAAUAAACACAGACAAUUUUUUAAGAUAUCCAAGGUGCCUGAACCACGUGACUUUUUCGGCUAUGUGUGGGACAAUCGGAUGUAAACAAAACGUCGCUUCAGUGUGGCAGAGAGGUCAAAACACGGUCGGGGAUCUCCUAACACAAAGCCACCCACGCACGGACAGGAAAAAAGUUCCGUCGGGCAAACUUUUUCUUGUUUGUUUCUAUAAAAUUGAUUGUUACAAAAUGUUGAAUUUUCAGUGAAUUGUUACUGCCGACUAAUGCACUUGUUUAAUACACAAAAUCGUAAGGAUUAUUUGUGCAAGAUGUCAUGUGAAUAUUAUUGCAACAAAACUACAAAAAGUGUUAGUUGUGUGUUUUUUAGCAGGAAUGUGUAGGCAUUUUUUACUGUAACCAAUUUAAUAAAUAAGCAUAAAGAGAUCAUACAGCAUUUUUAAACAAAUAGACACUAGGAUCAAUGACAUUUUUUUCUGGAAAAUCAUGUAUUUGUAUGUAAAUCCUAUUGAGCUAUCUGAUAUAUCACACAUGCUAUUUUUUAAGUUUAACAGUUUAUAUCAGUUGUAUUUUGUUCUUUUCAGGGAGAUUAAAGUAUUUUUGGAAGCACCUUCAAGAGACGUACUGAUAUCUUUAUCAAUGAAAAGUUGUCAUACAAACAUGUAUAGUAAAUGUUCCAAAGUUUAAAUGACUCUUUGAUUUAUUACCAGAUGGUGCAAGUAUUGCAGGGAAAGAAAACAAUCAAAAUAAACAUUACAUAAAAAUUUGACAUUUCAACAAAUUGAACAACAUUAUAUGAUUUAAUGUUAAUUACUUGGUGCAGUGGUAACAAGAUCUUGCAGCGCCCUUUCAUGACCGGGGCGAAUGAGUAUUUUCAUUAAACAUCUCAAACUAUUGUCAGUUAUUCAACUUUCAUUUGAAUUUGAGUAAAUUAAGUAUUGAUGCAAUUCAAUAUGUUUGUUGGUAUAAUGACCCCCACAAUAUAAAGAAGUGAAACUCCAGCUGCUGGAGCAGUAUUGAAUUUUCAUUAAAAACAAUUAGUUGGUCCUUUAUUUAAGGCAAGUGACCGAUUGCCCAAACAGUACAAAACAGCACAAUACAGCACAAUACAAACCAACAUAAACACAAAAUAUGAAUAAAGCUGGGGUCACCGCCUUGGAACGGUCAAUGCAAAGCACUGGGGGUUUAAACCUGGUUAUAGAGCGCUCAACCUCACACUUGGCCCAGCAAUAUUCAUAAUACAUUGAAGUGUAAAUAAAAUUUAACGUCAUAGCAUUGUAACCCACAAGUCAAGACGUUUUGGCGAUGAUCAUUUGUUAUGACUUAAUUGAAGCAUUCAUAUGUUUGAAUAGCAAGAUUUGCAAAUUCAUAAAUUGACUGAUUACAAUUUCUUUGUGAAUACUAAUGUACUUCUUUAUGUAUUUGGCGCUUUAAUUUCUAUUGUUACAUGUGCAUGCUAGUUAUAAAGUAAUGGUAUUAUUAA